AUGUCUGCGACCAAGAUUCGGACAAGUUGCUUCUCUCCCAACUUUGCAGCUGUAAACUCACCUCAAAUCCCUGGACUCAAGCGUGGUCCUAAUGGCACAAUGUUCAUUUCAUCUGGGAUACUGGACCUUGACAAGAUUUUAGGUGGUGGGCUUUCCCUGGGAAGCCUAGUCACGGAGAUGGAAGAUGCAGAAGACCCAAGACAGUUUCUCGGUACUUUGCCUUGUCCAGCGUUAGCCAAAGAUGAUAAGUCCAGUCAUCGAGAUCCUGAUCAGGAGAAAGGGUUUAGAAUAGCUUGGCAAUAUAAGAAGUAUUUUUGGGAAAAUCAGCAGAGUUUUGAUAGUCAAGGUGGCAAAGCGGUUUGUUAUGUUGUCGUUGUCCAAAUAGAAAACAUGAGUUCUGCAACGAAUUUGAUUUUCGGAAGCCCUUGGAGAGGUAAUUUCGAAGCGGGACGCCUAUUGAUUGCGUUAGCAUUCAAAGAGUCUUCAAAUCUUGUUGCUCUUCAUGACCAUUGCGCUACAUUUUUAUCUCAAUUUCCAAGAAGAGGACAAGGAAUUGGAAAAGCUCCUUACUGGUAA